GAAAAUAUUUUAUUGCCAGGUGAAAGUAAUGGACAGGAAGAAGAAAUUGAAACAACAACAAAAAUUAAAAUAAUUAAAAAAGAAAAAAUUGAAACAAAUUUUAAUAUUGAUGAAGAAAAUAAAGAAAAAUUAAAAAAAGAAAAGGAAGAAAUUGAAAAAUUGUUAUUAGAACCGUUGAUUCCAUCAAAUCCAUCCAGUCAAAAUUUAAAUAUGACAAUAAUUGAAAAUUCUGAUUUAUCUGAAAUGGUUCCAGAACUUGGAAAAUUGCUUGGACAUUUAAAAAUGGGAAAUUUAACAAAAUUAGAAUUUGAAGAAUUGGAAAAACAAUUGAAAAAAGAAGAAAAUAAUAAUGAAGGAAAAGAAAAUACAUCUCCUCUUCCUUCUUCUCAUUCCCCUCAUCAAAAUGAAAAAGAAAUUGGGGAUGAUAUAAUAAAUAACAGAAAAGAAAAACCGAUUAAUAAACAAAAAGCUUCUCGUCGAAAUUUAGCUGCAUUAAGGCGUGGAUUGUUUGAUGAAAAUUUAACUGAUGAAGAAACAAAUAAAAAUGAAAAUUUUUUGAAGAAUUUGUUGUUUGUUUAUUUUUUAAAUUAA